UGUGUGCGCGCACCUUGUGCGUGUGUACGUGUGUGUGUGUGUGUUUGACGAUGCAGGAGGAUCACGGCGCUUAGCUAGCUGGGUCACUUGCUUGAAAGCUACGCGAUAGCUUAGCUAACCUCAUUCUGCGAUACAACCUCGAGACAAGUCGGGACAAGACCAGUCUCAGGGCUCACCAUACUCAAUGAGCGGACAGCGCAAUGUCAGAGCGCUCUGGGCAAACUGCAAAGGGGAAGGAAGGCAAAACCAAGUAUGCGUCUCUCAACCUGUUUGAUACAUACAAAGGAAAGAGCCUUGAAACACAAAAGCCUGUUGUUCCCCCCCGCCAUGGCCUGCAGUCUCUUGGUAAAGUUGCCUCCGCACGGCGUAUGCCACCCCCUGCCAACCUGCCCAGUCUGAAGGCAGAGAACAAAGGCAACGAUCCUAGCGUCUCGCUCGUUCCCAAAGACGGCACAGGAUGGGCAAGCAAACAGGAACAAGCAGACCCAAAGAGUACCGAUGCAUUGUCAGCACCGCAGCCGGAAUUGCAGCAGCCUGUGGCUUCACCGACACCUGCACCGACCCGCCCGAGAACCCCACCAGCUUCCGAGGUUCUGGCCGCAGCUUCAACCCAGGCCGUAGGGGCAAGGUCCUGGGCACAGGCCAGUGUUACACAUGGAACACAAGGGGAUGGUGGAAAGGCAUUAAACCUACCGUCGCCAUUCUCUCGCGAGGAAUUUCCCACUCUGCAGGCGGCUGGCGACCAGGACAAAGCUGGCAGAGAACAGGGCACUGCAGAUCAGUGGUAUGGGCCCGGACCAAACCUCCGCCCCCAGAACGUUACAAAUUGGCGGGAUGGUGGGAGCCGCGCCCUGGCGCCCACCCUGUCUGGGGAGGGGGCAGUCGAGGGUGGUACUGCUGGGGCUCUGGUGAUGGAUGGGGCAGCUGGGGUCCCCACUCCAAAUUCUCAGUCCCAUGGGCCACCUAGGAACCCUCCCGCAGGCAGCCCCGCCUUGCCCCUGCCCCAGCCCCCUGGGCCUGGGUUUCCCCAAUACCGAGGGAUCAUACCUCCCUUCAUGUAUCCUCCCUACCUGCCCUUCCCGGCCCCCUAUGGCCCUCAGGGGCCCUUCAGGUACCCAGCACCCGGGGAAGGGCCUCCUCCAAGGUUCUCACGUGGGCAGGGUGGUCAUGACAGCAGGGCUCAGGGAGGCCCUCGUGAUAUAGGGGGAGAGGUAGUGAAGCGACCACCUAUCCUAAAGCAGGAUGACCUGAAGGAGUUGGACGAGCUGGACCAUGAUAACGAUGAGGGCUGGGCAGGGGCUCAUGAGGAGAUUGAUUACUCCGCCAAGUUGAAGUUCAGUGAUGAUGAAGGAGAUGAAGAGGGAGAAGAGGAGAGAACCGAGAGCAAGAAUGACUUGCGUGAGCCGCAGAGGUCCCAGGAUGCAACCUCUCGCUCUCGAGCCUCGGACAGCAGCGGAGACAGCCGCCGCACUCCUCCCUCUAAUGCUGACAAUGGCCCUCAACCAUCCAGCAAGCCAGGACGGGCCGAGGAGGGAGGCAGCGGCUGGGGGGGCCAGGGAGCGCCAACCAACUACCAGGGGCGCAGGCCUGGAUUGGGUGGUCCCCGGGAGCAGUCCUCCCCCCCACCAGGGCCGCUCCUUGGACAAGGGCCUUACUCCUUUUACCGACAGGACCGGCCCCAAAAUCAGAGUGCCUCUCAAGGCCCGGCAAAACUUAUCCCCAGCCAGCUUCAGCCAGCACCAGGAGGCCCUUCUCCUCCUGCACAAUCGGGCCUGCUGGUCCCUGGGCCCCAGGAGAAUGAUGAGGAUGAGACUUGGCGUCAGCGCAGGAAGCAGUCCUCGACUGAGAUUUCUGCUGCUGUGGAGCGAGCUCGUCGCCGCCGUGAUGAGGAAGAACGCAGGAUGGAGGAUGAGAGGCGCGCAGCCUGCGCAGAGAAACUAAAGAGGCUGGAUGAGAAGCAGCAGCAGGGCAGCAACAUAGGAGGUGGUGGAAGCAGCUGUAAAAGCCCCAGCCUGGAUGGAAACUCUACAGCUGCCCCAGCAGGCAGCCCUAGUCCAUCUAUUUCAGCCUCUGCCUCCUCCCCCAACAUCAGCCAGCCUCCAUCUCCCUCUGUGGACCCUGAAGAGUCUCCAGUGCUGGUUGUCCAGCCGGGGUCCAGUCCUGGAGUCGGUGACCCACAGCGAGCCAGCAGCAACAAUAGUUAUGACUCCAGUGCAGAAGCCCAACAGUGUCCCCAGCCGACUGUGUCACAGCCACAGCAGCCUACGGUGGACAUACCUUUACCAGGAGAAAAUAAGGAGGAGUCGAUGGGCACUCCGCACAUUCGUGCAGGAAGUGGAAGUGAAAGAGGAGUCGACUCAGUGAAGAUUGACAACAUUGGAGGGGGAGCAGGACGUCAAGCCAGUGGUCCUCCUGGCCAGGGUUACUCAAAGUACCAGAAGUCUCUUCCACCUCGAUUUCAGAGGCAGCAACAGGAGCAGCUCCUGAAGCAGCAGCAGCAGUGGCAGCAGCAGCAGCAGCAACAACAGCAGCAACAGCAACAACAACAACAACAACAGCAGCAGCAGCAGCAACAACAACAACAACAACAACAACAGCAGCAGCAGCACAGCCAGGCUUCACAAAGCCAGCUGUCCCCCCAGCCUCCACAGGGUCCUUCACCAGGUUCAACACCCCAGCCGGGGCCUGGACCAAAGCAGGGUGGACCCAUGUAUCAACCCAGCAAUAUGGUCCGACCCCCACCACUGCCAAUGAAUUUCGACCCUCGCUGGAUGAUGAUGCCCUAUAUGGACCCCCGCAUGAUGCAGGGCCGUCCUCCACCUAUGGACUACUAUUCAGCAGGCAUGCACCCAUCAGGGCUUAUUGGGCGUGAGCGGUCUGAUUCGGGAGGAUCUGGUUCAGACCCCUUUGACAGACAGCAACAGCACCCAGGGCACCCUCACCGUGGGACCCCCCCUAUGGAUCCUAAGCUGGGCUGGGGGCAGGAGGUAUUCCCUGGCGGAGGGGAAGGCCGUGGGCUAACAUCACCCCUCAGGCAGAAACAGGCUUUGGAGGAUGAUGAUGUGGCCAAAGGGCCCAGGAGUGACACUCCUCCACACCGCAUGCGGGAGGGUGGAUUGGGACCCAUCCAGCAGCCCACCUCCACCUCUGGGACAUCCAAUCAGACACCACCUCCAGUUGGAACUCAAGUUGGGGCCCAGGGAGGCGGCCACCCUCAUCACUACAUGAGUGGACGUGGCAACUUCAGCAACUUCCCUGACCAGGGUGCAAGGAUGCAUCCCCACCACCAGCAGCAGCAGCAGCAGCAGCAGCAGAGGGGGGAGAGGGGAAAUCAGCCGCAUGGCUACACUCACCAGGAAGAAGGGCCUUCACGAGGGUCUCAGCAGGGACAAAUAUGGGCAACCCCACACCCUCACUACGAUCGCAAUGGUCGUGGCGAACACCCGCCGGUUGAGAGCAACUCUCAUCUCCACCACCAUCACGGCCACCACCCUCAGCAGCCUCACUUUUCUCUCCACCCCCACAAGCAAGAGAACAGCCGAGACAGAGUUGUUGAGGCCCCUGCUAAGAAGACAGACUCUUCUCCCCCGAUUCACCAACCUUCACUCUCAUCCUCCUGCUCUUCCUCCUCCUCCUCUUCUGCCAGGGAAGAUGGCAAUGUCAAAGUUGCCCUGCAUCAUCACCCAUCCCAAAGAGAGAGUGAAGCUGGUGUCGGGCACAGUCAUGGUGAAAGAGGUGGCAGUGCUAGCAGUAGCAGCCAUGCAAAACAGGAGAAAACUGGGCCGACAUAUGCUCCCCAUUCCACCUCUAGCCCACCUCCCUCUCAACAUGGCAGUCAGCCUCAGCAGCAGCAGCAGCAGCAGCAGCAGCAGCAGCACCACCACCCUCAUCCUCAUCCUCAUCCUAAAUCAAACCAAAGAGGGGGGCGGGAGCACAAGACCGAGACCCAGUGGGGCCCACGGCCUAGCAGCAGCAAUACAGGUGGGGGGCCCUCUCAUGGUAGGAGGGCCAAUGCAGGAGGUGGGAACAACUCUCGUGGAGGGGAGGACUCCUCAAACACUCCAUCGGACCACAAACCCUCCCACCAGACGGGAGGCAGCAAUGCCAACAGGAGGGCUGGCCCAAUUAAGAAACCAGUGCUUAAGGAAAUUAAGAGAGAUGGAGGGGAAGCUGAUGGAGGAGAAAAAACAAGCUUUGGGAAAGAGAAAGAUGGGGGCCAAUCCAUCUCUAUGAAGCAGGAAAACUCCUCCACCUCCCAGAACACAUCAGCUCCAUCUAAAGAUGAACCAGCCCAGUCAGCCAAACCCAGGAAUGCUGGAAAAGAACGAUCCACAGGAGGUGGCGGGAGAGGUCCCAAAGAUGUAGACACUACUUCAGGAUUUUCAGGGUCCUCCUCCAGAAGGGACCGGGACCGGGACCGCUCCUUUGAGAGAGGAGGGGGGCCCUCCCACCACCAUGGAGUCCCUGUCAAAGGCAGCAGAGCCAGUCGUGGACGAGGGGGAGAGUUCUAUGGGCGUGGGCGUGGUUAUCGCGGUACCUACACGGCUGCUGCUGGCCCCACUGGUGGCAGUCGGGGCAGAAUGGGUGGCAGGAGCGGCAGAGACUACCGCCCAUCUGUUGGCGGUGGACACCAACAUGAGUCCAAGGCCGAGGGGGGUAGUGGCAGACAUGGUCAGGAUCGGUCCCAGCAUAACCCAGCCAGGGCAAGGAACCGUAGUGAAACCCGCAGUGAGGGUUCAGAGUAUGAGGAAAUUCCUAAGAGAAGGAGGGAGAGGGGUUCAGAGACUGGCAGUGAGAGUGGUGCAAGUGACAUUGGUCACUCAGACAAGGAAGACCACCAGAAACCCAACACCAAGAAUGGCUCUGAUAAUGCCAAUGCCACUGGCAGCAGCAACAUGUCAGCUGCACCUUCUCGUGGUUCCCAGGGCCGUGUCUUCACUCCCAGGGGUGUACCCUCUAGAAGGGGCAGGGGUGGAGGUAAUGGAGGAGGAAAUGUCUACAGAAGUGGUGGCAAUGUUGGAGGACAACCCGGGGGACACCGGGUUGGACCCAGCUCAGCAUCUCACGGUGGCAACUCCAAGUCAUCAGCCUCAGCUCGAAAGCAACAAGGCCCGCCACAAACCUCUGGGCCCAAAGACUUUGGCAGGGGAGGAAAUGGAGGAGAGAAGAAGGACAAGAUAGCUGAUGCAAGUCAAACUCAAAGUCAGGGCUCCAAUCCCCCUCAGCCAUCUUUGCCCGCUGCAGCUCCUGUCUCUUUAUCUUCCACUGAAAAUGGAGGAGUUGUGACCCAACAAGCUUCAACCAACCCAACGCCAAACUCUGGAGGGCCAAAUGCACUCCCUAUUCCCACUAACCGUGGGUUCCCUCCCAGUGGGUUUGAGCGACCUAGACGUCGCCGUCACGGGCGAUCCCAGCAUCAGCAGGAUAAGCCCCCCCGCUUCCGAAAACUGAAGGAGCAAGAGAAUGCCGCACGAAUUAACGGAGGAGUUGGGGUCAUCGGGGGAGGAAGGCCCUCCUCUCCAGCCCUGAAUUCGGUUCAGGAAAGUAACGGAGCCCCAAUCUCUGCUCCUGUGACGGGCAACGCCCAAAACCUCAACACCACACCAGCCAACAAUAACAGUGGGGGUGGGCAUCUUAACAAUGCAAAUAGUCACCACCAUCACCACUACAACCAGGGAAAUGCUGGGCAGACCCACACCCAGCACCACCACAGCCAUGGAGCAAAGUCCCCUGACUUCAACAACCAGAACUCUGACCAGGCCAACGAGGAGUGGGAGACCGCCUCCGAGAGCAGCGACUUCACAGAGUUCAGAGACAGGGAUGGGGGGGGAGGAAAGUCCUAUUCUUCUCACCAUCCCCACCACUUGGGAAGGGGUGGUGGGGGAGGAGGAGGAGGCGGGGUAGGAGGAGGAGGAGGAGGAGGAGGAGGUGGUGGAGGUGGUGGUGGCGGUGUGGUCGACCGUGACAUGACAGGAAAGGAGCCCUCGGCUAAUAAAAGAAGCUUCUCAAGCCAGCGUCCUGGCAUGGAACGACAGAACCGGAGGGUCAACCCUGGAGGGGGAGGGGGAGGAAGAGGCCCACGAGGGCCGCCUGGUGGUGGCUCUGGCGGGCCUGGUAAUGGAGGUGGCAACCGCGGGGAUCGGCGUGGCAACUGGCCCUCCCCGAAAAAUAGGAAGUGAUGAAAAAUGUCAAAACAUUUCAGAUGAACCCCACCCACAUUAAAAUCACCCUCUUACAUCCAAUCCCUUUUUGAUAAUUACUUCAUGGCUUAUCUGUUGGCAUCCCUAUGCAUAUUAGUGCAUUGUACAGUAUAUGGAGAUGGUAUUCAAAUUCACUUUAGCCCACCCCCCCACCCCGGCCAUGUCUUUCCCUUUGCAUCAAUUUACUAUCUAUCCGUUAUUGUACAUUUUUCCGUUUGUUCCAUCUUGCUCUCCAUUCAAUUGUGCCCCUCACUCCCUUCCUCCCGCUUUCAAUAAUCUCCCCCCAGUUGGAUUUGACAAGCAUGUGGUUCUGUAAAUGAGAGGUGCACGUUGUUUUGUCAGAAGACAUUCACACAAAGCUACACACACACACACACACACACACACACACACACACACACAUAUAUAUAUAUAUAUAUAUAUAUAUAUAUAUAUAUAUAUAUAUAUAUACAUACAUACAUACACACACAAGCACAAAUAUGACGAAACACAUGCAGACAUGUGGGUGCAAAAUGAAAACAUUUAAAUUGGCAAAAUGUUUGGAUUGGGCAAAUUUUUAUAUUUAUGUACCUCUGUAUAUUUCUACCACACUUUGGCCUUGGGUGGUAUUAGGUAGUGCAGUUCUGCAUUACUUCCCUCACAAAGGGAAAGAGUGCAGCGCCAUCUUUUAACAAGAACAAUGUACCAUAACAUGUUUUGUUUUCUCUUUUGUGUCUUUUUUUUUUUUCUUUUUUGGCCUUGUGUCAAGUUGAGUUUCAGCCUCUAUGAAAUGUUAGGGGUGCGUGGGUUUUUUUCUUCUAAAAAGCAGGUCAUUCAAAUACCUUUUUUUUUCUUUUUUUUAAAAUCUAAAUUCCCCAAUUCCUCCUUUUACUGACUUUUUGGUCUCCUACAAACUAUUUCUCUGAUUUCUGUGAGUGAUAGGACCAAUUGAAGUACUACUGCUCAGUGCUCCACAUUGUUGACCUGCUCUGACAUUUCAUUAACUAUUGGUUGGUCCUUUUUAGAAAAUAAAGGCUUUUUCUGCCUCAUUGUAGCAUCGUCCUUACCCUGCAGGAGUUCUGCAUAACUCAGUGUCCCCAAGUUUUAUUCUGUCAUUCGUGAGCUUUGUUUACCCUAUGAAGACUGUAAUUGCUAGCUUAAUGGCUUUAUUUUAACAUCCAUUAUUUCCUCAGUGACUCCCAUUUUAAUGGGAACACUUGUUUUCUUUUUUUUUCUCUCAGUGGAUGAAAUACCUAUCAAUCUUGUAAGAAGGGGAAAAAAUGUUAAAUGAACAUGUAGGUCAUGAUAGAAUAAAGAAAAGUUUGACUUUCAUAAAAAUUGUUUAUGCUUCAAUAGGUAUUUCAAUAUGUUCUAAUAAGCACUCCUUGUAGUAUAACAAAAACCCACGUUUGCUGUUUCUUUCUUCCUUUUUGGUUAUAUAUAUUUUUUUUGUUGUGCAAGUUACAUGUAAUGCAACAGGACAGGUACUCUGUCUGGGCCCAGAGUACAGAGCCAGCCCGAGUAUUGUACUAUUAUACCCCACCCCGCUGUGCUCUUGUGGAGACUCCUCCCUCCAAGAAAGAACUACUACCAAGAGCUCCUUGUCUGAGGCAGUAUUUUAUAUAAAAAAGCGUCUUCUCGGAUUGGCGGUUUCAGUCCAUGGUGGCAACCCGAAGCCCAAACUAAUUUAAUUCAGGACAAUGCUGACAUGGUGUCCAGCGAGUCUCCUUGCAGUUGACAUGGUUUCCAAGAUUUUACUUGCAACAAAUAAUGCCGACCUGGAGUGUUGAGAAAAUAUCGAAUUGAGGUUAGGAUUACACUUACAUAGUUUGUAUCAUACAUAAAAGAGAUAAAAUGGCACACGGAGACACCCACGGUGAACUAAAAAGUGAUUUAUACACCUGCAUCAAUUCUUUCACUGCUGUAAGUUGGGGUUUGUGUUUGUAUACUGAAUACAGUUUGAAGAUCGUCUCUGGGAUGUUGUGAGUAGGGCAUUUGAUUUGUAUGUGUGUGUGUGUGUGCGUGCGAUGUGUGUGUUUUCUGGUGUUUGUGAAUAACUCGGGAAAGGGGGUGGGGGACCAGAGGGGUUAACAUGAAUGGCGAGCACUUUCUGCCUUUCUUGCCCACACUUUAACCGAUAUCAUUAAGACAAUUCUACUGUUUCCUAAAUACAUCUACAUUCAUACAUUCAGCUGUGUGUAUAUGUUCAUCAUACAAAUGAAUUACUCUCAGUGGACAACCUCUUCAGUUUUUUUUCCUUUGUGUGUAAUUUAAUCAUACAUUCUUCUGCAGGCAAGUGAAGUUGGACAUAUUUUUAUUUUUCUCACUUCUAAGCAUGAACACACACCCAUGGGUGCAGCUUGCCAUGCCUGUUACUGGUUUAUACAUUGAUAACAGAACACUUAACACUGGCUCAAAGAGUCCUUCAUCCCUCCUUAACGCUUAAUGUUGAUGUGCGCAUUAUUUUAUGUACCCAUGUUAAAAGAAACGCAAAAGUAGUGAAUUCCAGGAGAGAGAAAAAUACUCAAAGAUUGUACUGUGUUUUCAGCAUUACCGAGGUACCUGGAGUGAUUCAAACAUUUUUUUGUUUUUUUGUACCAUUUAUGGUUUUAUUAAUGGAACCGUAAUAUACACACAUGUAUGUAUAUUGGUAUGUAUCUAAGUUUUGUCUACCCCAACUUACAUUCCCACAAACAAAUGUUGCCAUUUUUAGUUCAAGGGAGCAAUGUACAAGCAGAGAAGUGUCUUAUUAUAAUAAAGUUAUACAGAGAAGGCAAAGUUAAAUAAACUACUUUUGAUUUAAUGGAAAA